ACCCAAGAAAAUACAAGAACGAACUGCAAAUGUAUGGAAGCUGUUUUACUGGACAGCAAGUUCGUGCCUAAUACCUAAUUGAUGGAGGUGAACAAUAGAGACCAAGGUGGAGGAGACAAAACUCGAGAUCCUUUUCCUACUCGGAACCCUAGCUCUCCUCAAGCCAAAGGAUUUAAUGGAAAAUCGUGUAAGGGAUGCCUGUAUUACUCAUCAGUUCACAAAUCUAAAUCCAAGAAUCCCACAUGCGUUGGCUUCUCCAGAAAGCUUCAGCAAGUACCCUCCUCCGUUGUGGGAGAAACAGAGUUGGAAGCAACCAAAAAAGGCCGCAGUCUUACUGAUUUCAAGUACGCGUGUGUUGGAUACUCUGUCUACGUAGACAACAAAAAUUCUUCAGCUAAUCCAGAGGACAAAACAGCAACAUUGCCCUUUUGCCUUGGUCUGGAGGUGUUGCUAGAUAAAGUACCUUCAUCUGCGGCUGCUGGACAGGUUCCAGCCCCUAAUCAGAAAAAUGAUGAACGUGAAAAUGUUCAACCGCAACCCCAACCGCAACCAAGGAGAUAUAAACCUCCAAGCACCACUAAAGAAGAAUAUUUUAACAGGCAAGUGCACAAAAUAUUAGCAUCUACAAAUUGGGGCUGGUAGAACCAUAUUUCACAGGUUUCUAAGAAAUGCAGACUUGGUAGCAUCAGGCGUUGUGAGAAACUUGUACAGGGUGGGCAACUACGUGAAGGAUACCGUAGAUGACGUUCUAUAUCCUUAUCGCAGGCGACCAAAGUGAUGCUGAUUGUUUUGAUUUUGAUGCCAAAUGAAUUUCAAUUUUGGAUAUUUACUAUUUCUAUCAUUAUCAAAGUUGACAUAUUGAUGUGUUGCGCUUACAACAACACAAGCGACCCUUGUAAUUAUACGCUGUAAUAAGAUAAUAUUUCAGUUAGCAGUCAAAUUUCGGGCCAACAGCCAGAGUUGGCGAUCAAAUAAAAAUCACUUGACGUUA